AUGAGCUCGAAUAACAAUUCAACGGAGAAUGUUAACAACACCACAACUUCUCCAAACACAGAGCAAUCACAGCAACAACAACACUCCACUAAUACUCAUCACCUUCCAUCCACAGAAAAAGUUGAGGAAAUUCUAGAUCAAAUCAAGAAUAAAACUGUUGAAGCCUAUAAAGUAGCUGCUGAGAAGACAGAAGAGGCCUACAAAGUAGCUGCUGAGAAGACAGAAGAGGCCUACAAAGUAGCUGCUGAGAAGACAGAAGAGGCCUAUCAUUACUUAACUUCGGAAGAAGCAAAACAGAAAUUACAACAGACCAUGCAAACAACAACAUCAACCCUCUCUAGUGCAUAUUCAUGGCUUUCUAGUAAUGUUUCCACAUUGGUCGGAGAAGCCUACGAACAAGUUGAAAGUGCUUUAACAGGCAAUCAUCCUUCUUCAUCGUCCGAUAGUAGCACCACAAAAGAAGGAAGCAACGAAGAGAAAAAAUAA